UAAAUAAAUUAUCUAUUUCGAAAAAGAAGAAUAUUUGAAAAGAUAGCCCAGAAAAGGAGAAACUAACAAUAUCUUAUAAUUAAAUUUAUGAUUCUUUUCAAAAAAUUAUUAAUAUAAAAAAAAGUAAAUUAUCUAAGCAGAUUAUUAAUGGCUUCAAAGACCACCUUCAAAGAUCUUUAGGAAAUUCCUGAUUUCCCUAAGGAAGAAGAGAACAUCCUCAAGUUUUGGGAUGAAAUUAAUGCUUUUAAGCAACAAUUAGAAAAAACUAAGGAUUGCCCUCCUUUCACUUUCUACGAUGGCCCACCAUUCGCUACCGGUUUACCUCACUAUGGUAACCUUCUUGCUGGUACAAUCAAGGAUGUCGUUUGCAGAUACGCUUCUCAAAAUGGCAAAUAUGUUGAAAGAAGAUUCGGUUGGGAUUGUCACGGUCUUCCAGUUGAAUAUGAAAUCGAUAAGAAGCUCGGUAUCACCAAUAGACAAGAAGUCUUAAAGAUGGGUGUCGACAAGUACAAUGCUGAAUGCCGUAGCAUCGUCAUGAGAUACGCUUAAGAAUGGAGAUCAAUCGUGAACAGAUUUGGUCGUUGGGUUGACUUUGACAAUGAUUACAAAACUCUUGAUUUGAAGUUUAUGGAAUCCGUUUGGUGGGUUUUCAAGCAAAUGUUCGAUAAGGGAUUAGUUUAUAGAGGUUGCAAGGUUAUGCCCUACUCCAAUGGUUGUGCAACUGUCUUAUCUAACUUCGAAACUCAACAAAACUACAAGGAAGUUGAUGAUCCUUCUCUCUUCAUCGCUUUUAAGACUGCCGAAGAUCCUAAGACCAAGUUCAUUGCUUGGACAACCACUCCUUGGACACUUCCUUCUAACUUGGCUUUGGUUAUCAACAAGGACUUCGAUUACGUUAAGGUUUUAGAUGCUAAGACCUAAGAACACUACAUUCUUGCAGAAUGCCGUCUCCCUGAAUUAUACAAAAAGGAUAAGGAUGGAUACAAGAUCUUAGAAAAAUUCAAAGGUUCUGAACUCGUAGGCAGAGAAUAUGAACCUCUUUUCCCCUAUUUCCUCUCUAGAAAGCAAGAUGGCUGCUUCAGAAUUCUCGCUGGUGACUUCGUUACUGCUGAUGCUGGUACUGGUAUCGUCCACUGCGCCCCUGGUUUUGGUGAUGACGAUUACAAAGUCUCAGUUGCAAAUAACAUCAUCAAGCCCGAUGAUCCACCCGUACCUGUUGAUGAAAACGGUCAUUUCACUAAUGUCGUUUCUGAUUUUGCUGGUGUUUACAUCAAGGAAGCUGAUAAGUUAAUUAGAAAGAACUUGAAGGAAAGAGGUUUGUUGCUCGUUGAUUCUUCAUUCAAGCACAACUAUCCCUUCUGCUGGAGAUCUGAUACCCCCUUGAUUUACAAGGCUGUUCACUGCUGGUUCAUUAAGGUUACUGCCCUUAAGGAUGACCUUUUAGCUAACAACAAGAAGGCUUAUUGGGUUCCUAAAUUUGCUUAAGAAGGACGUUUCAACAACUGGUUGUAGAAUGUCUCUGAUUGGUGUUUCUCUAGAUCUAGAUUCUGGGGUAACCCUAUCCCUAUUUGGGUUUCUGAAGAUUUUGAAGAAGUUGUUUGCAUUGGAUCAGUUGAAGAACUCAAGAAAUUAACUGGUGCAACUGAAAUCACUGAUUUACACAAAGAUUUUAUUGAUCACCUUACCAUCCCAUCCUAAAAGGGUAAGGGGGUCUUAAGACGUAUUGAUGAAGUCUUUGAUUGCUGGUUCGAAUCUGGUUCUAUGCCUUAUGGUCAAUAACACUAUCCCUUCUCUAUGAACGAAGAAGAGUUCUCUAAGAGAUUCCCUGCUGAUUUCAUCGGUGAAGGUAUUGAUCAAACUAGAGGUUGGUUCUAUACUCUUAACGUUAUUUCUACUGCCUUAAGAAAUUCCAACCCCUACAAAAACCUUAUUGUUAACGGUAUCGUUCUUGCUGCUGACGGAAAGAAGAUGUCUAAGUCAAAGAAGAACUACGAUGAUCCCUUGCUCAUUGCCUCCAAGUACUCCGUUGAUGCUAUCCGUUUAUAUAUGAUCAACUCUCCUUUAGUCAGAGCUGAAGAAAUGAGUUUCAAGUCCGAAGGUGUUUUUGCUGUUAAGAAAGAUAUCUUCUUACCCUGGUACAAUGCUUACAAAUUCUUAAUCUAAAGUAUCACUAGAUGGGAACUCGCUACUGGAAAAGACUACAUGUUCAACGAACAACUCUCUGUUGAUACUACUAAAUUAACUAAUCCUACUGAUAGAUGGAUUAUUAUCUCCUGCCAAAACUUGAUCAACUAUGUCAGAAUUGAAAUGGAAAAGUAUCACUUGUACAAUGUCGUUCCUCGUUUAAUCCACUUCUUAGAAAACUUAACCAACUGGUAUAUUAGAUUAAACAGAAACAGACUAAAAGGUGAUUACGGUCUUGAAGAAUAAGAAACUUCCCUCAACGUCUUAUUCAACGUUAUCUUAAACUCCACUAUUUUAAUGUCACCUUUAGUUCCUUUCAUCACUGAAAGUUUCUAUCAAAACUUAAGAAAGGUCAUUCCUAAGGGUUCUUCUUACUUAGAAGAAUCUAUCCACUUCUUGAGAAUCCCUACUCCUAAGCAAGAACUUCUCGAUGAAAAGAUCGAAAGAAACUUUGAAAGAAUGUAAAACAUCAUCAACUUUGCUCGUACUUUAAGAGAAAAGAGAAAGGUCUCUCUUAAGCAACCUAUCAUGUCUUUGACUGUCAUCAAUUAAGACUAAGAAUUCCACGAUUCCUUAAAGGAUUACAUUCAAUAUAUUGAAGAUGAAAUCAACACUCCUUCUAUCCUCCACGAAAUUAACACUGCUAAUUAUGUUGACUUAAAGGCCAUUCCUAAUCACAAACUCCUUGGACAAAAACUUGGUAAGGAAUACAAUAAGGAUCUUAAGGCUGCUGCCGGUAACUUGUCUGCCAAGGAUAUUGAAACCUUGAAGACUACUGGAUCUAUUGAUUUAGUUGGCAAGAAAUUACUUUUGGAAGACUUCACCAUUACUCAAAAUUACAAGAAAGAAUACUCUAGUGGUGACUUAGAACUUGGUGGUGAAGGUGAAGUUAUUUUACUUUUGAACCUCGCUCAAGAUGAAAAGUUAAAGAGCAAAGGUCUUGUUAGAGAAUUUACCAGCAACGUUUAAAAGACCAAGAAGAAAACCGGCUUAAAGGUUGACGAUAACAUCGUUAUUUAUUAUGAUGUUACCAAAGCACCCAAGUUAAAUGCUGCUAUUUAAUCCGAUUUAGAAGCUGUCCAAAAGGUCUUAAAGAAACCCCUCGUUCCUUUAUCUGAAAAGAAUGCUGCUCUUAAGAUUGUUGAAAACUCUUUACUUACUUUCUAGGUUGAUGAAGAAUCCGUUACUAUCGAAAUCGCUUAUGCUUGAAAGAUAUUCUAUUUAAUAAACAAUACUAUGAUUUUUUUUUUAUUUAAUAUGAUUACUAAACAUUUAAUUUAUAAUUAAAAACUAUCUUUCUUUCUACCUAUUUUUCUGUCUGUUUGUUAGUCUACAUUUCUAUUUUGUAGAUUUACUUCAAUUUUUUAAAUUUUAAAUAAAUAAC